CCCACACACACUUUGUCACAUACGCUGCAUAAACAUUGGAGCACCUGCUUUGUUGCCAUUCUGUCUGUGGAUUUGCUUGUGACAGGCAGAUAGUGCCAAAAUGCCCUCCGAUGGCUUGCUGUUGGCUCUGUUUUUAACAUCUCUGGCAGGAAACAGUAUUGCUGCUGUCGCAGAUGGGAGAGCUGAGAGGAACUGCACUGUAUCCCCACCGUACCUCCCCAGCACAGCAGUCGAUACCACUCUCAGACUGAAGGCCCUCAGGGAAGCCAUGCAUCCCCUAGAAAUCUCUGCCUACAUCAUCCCUGGCACCGACGCUCAUCUGAGUGAGUACAUUGCACCGCGCGAUGCCAGGAUGGCCUUCAUGACCGGCUUCACCGGCUCCGCAGGCACUGCUGUAGUUACUCAGACCAAGGCCGUGCUGUGGACAGACAGCCGCUACUGGGUUCAAGCUGAGAGACAGAUGGACUGCAACUGGGAGUUGGAAAAAGAUGUGUCCAUCAGCAGUGUGGCAGACUGGCUAAUCUCUGAGGUUCCAAUGGGCGGCGAGAUCGGCUUUGAUCCCUUCCUCUUCUCCCUCAAAAUGCACGAGGACUACAGCGUCAAUCUGGCUCCUGGCAAUCGCACUCUCAGGUCCAUCCCUAACAACCUGGUCGACAAAGUGUGGACGGACAGACCUGCCAUCCUGCCUGACAGCCUCACCCGCCUGCCAGACCAAGUCAUACAAAGGACAUGGCAGAUGAAGGUGGAGCACAUAAGGAAUCAGAUGGGGGAGAACCCUUACCAGCCCACAGCCCUUUUGCUUUCAGCUCUGGAUGAAACUGCAUGGUUGUUUAAUCUGCGUGGUAAUGACAUCCCAUACAAUCCCUUCUUCUACUCCUACACGCUGCUGACAAUGGACCAGAUCUGGCUCUUUGUGCACAUGCACAGAGUGACAGAGGAUAUAAAGGUUUACCUGAAUGCGUCCUGCAACGGCUCCCUCUGUGUCCAGUUGAAAAACUACGAAGACGUCCGAACCUCUCUCGGGAAUUAUGUGGCUAAACCGGGAGUAAAAGUUUGGGUUGGCACAGAGUACACCAACUAUGCACUUUAUGAGAAGAUCACUCCACAGGAUAAGCUGCUGACCAGCUCCUACUCUCCUGUGCUGACGACCAAAGCAGUGAAAGACGAGACUGAGCAGCGAAUCCUGAGGGAUGCUCACGUGAGGGAUGCAGUUGCAGUCAUCCAGCUCCUGAUGUGGCUGGAGAAGGCCGUCCCCGAGGGGAAGGAGACCGAGCUGAGUGCUGCACGCUAUGUCAACGAGUGUCGCAGCAAACAGGACUACAGCAAAGGCCCAAGCUUUGAAACAAUCUCUGCAAGUGGACCCAAUGCCGCUCUGGCCCAUUACAGCCCCACAGAGGAAACCAACAGGAAGCUGACAGUUGAAGAGAUGUACCUGGUGGACUCUGGUGGCCAGUAUCUAGAUGGCACCACUGACAUCACGCGGACAGUUCACUGGGGAACCCCCACACCGAUGCAAAGGGAAGCCUUCACUCGAGUGCUCAUGGGAAACAUUGAGAUAUCUCGAACCAUAUUUCCCUCAGGGACAAGAGGGGUAAACAUGGAAAUGCUGGGUCGCCGAGCAUUGUGGGAGGUCGGCUUGAACUACGGUCAUGGCACGGGUCACGGCGUAGGAAACUACUUUGGAGUUCAUGAGUGGCCUGUUGGCUUUCAGAGCAACAACAUUCCUUUCAGAGCCGGCAUGUUCACGUCUAUAGAACCAGGAUAUUACAAGGAGGGUGAUUUUGGGAUCCGGAUUGAAGAUGUUGUUGUCAUUGUACCUGCCCAUACAAAGUAUGGCAACAAUUACGUGACCUUUGACACUGUGUCUUUGGUGCCAUACGACAGAAAGCUGAUCGACACCUCGCUCCUUAGCAAUGAGCAGCUACAAUGGCUGAAUAACUACUACUCCACCAUCCGGAAGCUGAUGGGUCCGGAGUUGGACAGACAGGGGCUGCAGGCGGAGAAGGAGUGGAUGCUGAAAAACACAGAGCCCUUCCUGAAAGCUGCAUCCUCUGCGUCCAUCUGCUCCCUCUCGCUGACUGUCGCCGCUGUGGCCGCCGCGCUCCUCCACAACACCGUGUGAGGAGCAGCGUCCUCCUCUUCAUAUCUCUCACACUCCCUCUCCACCUCUAUCACCGCAGAGUUGCACACUAAUGUUACCCCUAUGCAGCCUCUUCUUGCAACAAUGCAACUAAACCAGGUUGAGAGAUGCACUGCAUUUUUAUCACUUAGCUCUUU